AUGACACUCGAAAAAAAAAAGGAUAUUAUUAGUAGCUGUAAUAUAGAUCUUUGGAAGGUUGAAAUUGAAGAAACUAAUGAAAACAUAGAAAGACUUAAAAAUACUGAAAUUAACAUUAGAAAAGAAUUUGAAGGUGAGAGGUUGUCUACAACUAAAUUGGCUAAGAACAUUUUCUCAAUUAGACUACCGGAAGAGCUCAUUCACAUCAUCGUAAAAUCACUAAAGUCUACUAUUAUUAGAAAAAGAAAAAUGGUAGAGGACGAAGAUGAGGAAGAAGAAAAACUAUAUUUACAGAAACAAGGAAUUUUUCUUUUAAUUUUACCAAAGAUCAACAUACAGAAUAAGAAAAACAUUUUUUGGAAGGUUAAUGCUAAUAGACUCCUUAAAAAGGAUAAAACUGUUUUGUUAGAUUGUGAAACUUUUACGAUACGGAUUAAACCAUCAGGUGAAAUAACUUAUGUAAAUGGCAAAGAACUAUUCAAACAAAUGACAGAACAACCAAAUAUCUAG